GUGGUAUAUAGUCUCGCUAAGGAACCUGCCAAACUGCCAUCUUUGCUCUAUCCACCAACAUUCAAUCCUGACUCAAUCCAUCCAACACAAUGCUUGUCCUCAAGGCCCUCGUUCCUCUGGCUUCCCUCUUGGGUGUUGCCUUGGGUAGCCCUAUCGAAGCUCGCCAGUCCGCCACAAGAUGCGGCUCAACCUCGUACACGGCUGCCCAAGUUCGUGCUGCCGCAAACGCCGCCUGCUCCUACUACCAGGAUGGCGACACUGCUGGAAGCUCCACGUACCCUCACACCUACAACAACCGUGAGGGCUUCAACUUUGCCGUCAGUGGUCCUUACCAAGAGUUCCCCAUCAGGUCAAGCGGUGUUUACACUGGCGGAUCUCCCGGCGCCGACCGCGUUGUUAUUAACACUAGCUGCGGAUAUGCUGGUGCUAUUACCCACACUGGUGCCAGCGGAAACAACUUUGUUGGCUGCACUGGCACCAGCUAA